AUGGCCCAAACUAUGGAGAGAACGAUCUACCCUGCAGACACCGCUCAGACCCCACAGACCCUGCAGACACCGCUCAGACCCCACAGACCCUGCAGACACCGCUCAGACCCCACAGACCCUGCAGACACCGCUCAGACCUCACAGACCCUGCAGACACCGCUCAGACCUCACAGACCCUGCAGACACCGCUCAGACCCCACAGACCCUGCAGACACCGCUCAGACCCCACAGACCCUGCAGACACCGCUCAGACCCCACAGACCCUGCAGACACCGCUCAGACCCCACAGACCCUGCAGACACCGCUCAGACCUCACAGACCCUGCAGACACCGCUCAGACCUCACAGACCCUGCAGACACCGCUCAGACCACACUCAGACCCCACAGACCCUGCAGACACCGCUCAGACCCCACAGACCCUGCAGACACCGCUCAGACCCCACAGACCCUGCAGACACCGCUCAGACCCCACAGACCCUGCAGACACCGCUCAGACCACACUCAGACCCCACAGACCCUGCAGACACCGCUCAGACCCCACAGACCCUGCAGACACCGCUCAGACCUCACAGACCCUGCAGACACCGCUCAGACCUCACAGACCCUGCAGACACCGCUCAGACCACACUCAGACCUCACAGACCCUGCAGACACCGCUCAGACCCCACAGACCCUGCAGACACCGCUCAGACCCCACAGACCCUGCAGACACCGCUCAGACCUCACAGACCCUGCAGACACCGCUCAGACCUCACAGACCCUGCAGACACCGCUCAGACCUCACAGACCCUGCAGACACCGCUCAGACCACACUCAGACCUCACAGACCCUGCAGACACCGCUCAGACCACACUCAGACCUCACAGACCCUGCAGACACCGCUCAGACCCCACAGACCCUGCAGACACCGCUCAGACCCCACAGACCCUGCAGACACCGCUCAGACCUCACAGACCCUGCAGACACCGCUCAGACCCCACAGACCCUGCAGACACCGCUCAGACCUCACAGACCCUGCAGACACCGCUCAGACCCCACAGACCCUGCAGACACCGCUCAGACCCCACAGACCCUGCAGACACCGCUCAGACCCCACAGACCCUGCAGACACCGCUCAGACCUCACAGACCCUGCAGACACCGCUCAGACCUCACAGACCCUGCAGACACCGCUCAGACCUCACAGACCCUGCAGACACCGCUCAGACCACACUCAGACCCCACAGACCCUGCAGACACCGCUCAGACCCCACAGACCCUGCAGACACCGCUCAGACCCCACAGACCCUGCAGACACCGCUCAGACCUCACAGACCCUGCAGACACCGCUCAGACCUCACAGACCCUGCAGACACCGCUCAGACCCCACAGACCCUGCAGACACCGCUCAGACCCCACAGACCCUGCAGACACCGCUCAGACCCCACAGACCCUGCAGACACCGCUCAGACCACACUCAGACCCCACAGACCCUGCAGACACCGCUCAGACCCCACAGACCCUGCAGACACCGCUCAGACCUCACAGACCCUGCAGACACCGCUCAGACCUCACAGACCCUGCAGACACCGCUCAGACCACACUCAGACCUCACAGACCCUGCAGACACCGCUCAGACCCCACAGACCCUGCAGACACCGCUCAGACCCCACAGACCCUGCAGACACCGCUCAGACCCCACAGACCCUGCAGACACCGCUCAGACCCCACAGACCCUGCAGACACCGCUCAGACCUCACAGACCCUGCAGACACCGCUCAGACCACACUCAGACCUCACAGACCCUGCAGACACCGCUCAGACCACACUCAGACCUCAGUUCACGUCUGACCACACAGACCCUGCAGACACCGCUCAGACCACAGAGGCCCUUCACACAUGGAAGGAGCUCGGAAUGCGGGGACGAAAUGAAACAACGAGAUUUAGGCCAAAGACUCAAAACCUGAUCCAAACCGGGCCAAACCGAACCAAAACUCAGGCCAAGCGCGUGCACGUACCUGGAACCGGUGUUCCGCCGGCGCCGCUCCUCGACGUGUCGUCCUGCUUCGUCAGAGAUAACUCGCUCUUCGUCCAGUGGAGCUCCAUCGACCAAUCAGGAGCCACCUACGAGCUCCAGUACAGGAAGUGCGAGCGUGAGGCCCCACCCCCUGCUGCCGAGGCGCACUGGGAGACAGUCCGGGACAUCAGGGAGACAAGCUGCACUGUCCCAGGUCUGAGGUUCGAUUCCCGCUUCCUGCAGCUCAGAGUUCGAGCUCGGAACAAAGCGUCUGCAGGAGACUACACUGACACAUUACUGCUGCAGCCUGAGGCGUUCCACUUCACUCUGGACUCGGUCUCGGCUCAUCCAGACCUUAGUGUGGAGAGCUACAGUGCCACCUGGAGGCCGACACCAAGAGAGCCACGCGUGAAGAGCAGAGACAAGACCAGCUCCCGUAGCCUCGCAGGACACUCAGCAGUGGUGGGAGUCUCAGAGCUCCUGAUUGGCUCUAAGAUCGUGAUUGGGAGGAGCUCCACUCUGUCUCCGGUGAAGUCCCUCCGGGUGUCACGGGAGCGUUUUGCCGGAGAGUCGUACACGGUGCUCGGAGACCAGGAGAUCUCAGGGGGCGGGCACUACUGGGAGGUGCGACCAAUGGGAGACUGGAAGGUAGUGUCUGUGGGUGUGGCUUAUCGCAGCGCUCUCAGCCGAUUCGUCCAGCUGGGUAAAAGCCCCGCCUCCUGGAGCCUGAGCAUCAGCCAAUGGCUGCAGCCGUCUGUGAGCGCAAAACACAACAACAAGAACAAGAGCCUCGAGAGCAACGUGCCGUCGUGCGUCGGGGUCUACUGUCACCACGGCAACGGUGACCUGCUCUUCCUGGACGUAGACCAGACUCGUCUCAUUCAUUCGUUCAGGACCAGAUUCAAACAUCCGCUGGUUCCCGCCUUCAGCGUCUGGUGUGGAGGCGUCGCCGUGGAGACGGGACUCCAGGUGCCAAGUGUUAUCAGCCACUUCCUGCCACUGGCCCCGCCCUCUGACCAGGCCCCUCCCCCUGAGCAGGCCACGCCCCCUGGCCAUGUCACGCCCCCUGAUCAGGCCCCGCCCCCUGACUCCCCUAUUACCCCUCCAGACCAGAGUCCAGACUCAGACCAGAGUCCAGACUCAGACUAA